CCACACUAAAAUAAACCAUCGACUGUAGACUAAUCCUUCGUUGUGGAGCCAGAGCUGAUGCAGAUCCUUACGAUCCUUCUCUAAACUAAAGCUGCAUUUGUAGACACUUUCAUCCAAGAAAAUGGAUAACUCAGGCAAAGAGAAGGAGGCCAUUCAGUUAAUGGCCGAAGCUGACAAAAAAAUAACCAAAUCCGGCUCAUUCCUUGGAGGGAUGUUUGGCGGUGGCCAAAACCAUAAGGUAGAGGAGGCAUGUGAAAUGUACUGCCGGGCUGCCAACAUGUUCAAGAUGGCCAAGAACUGGAGUGCUGCAGGCAAGGCUUUCUGCAAGGCAGCCAGACUUCACAUGCAGCUUCAGAACAAACACGACUCUGCAACUAGCUUUAUAGAUGCUGGCAAUGCUUUCAAAAAGGUUGAUCCACAAGAGGCAAUCAACUGUUUAAACGCAGCGAUCGACAUAUACACAGACAUGGGCAGAUUCACCAUCGCCGCAAAACACCACAUCACCAUCGCAGAGGUGUACGAGUCGGAGCUGGUGGACAUUGAGAAGUCUAUCGCACAUUUUGAACAGGCAGCAGACUACUACAAGGGCGAGGAGUCAAACAGCUCAGCCAAUAAGUGUUUGCUGAAGGUGGCUGCGUACAGUGCCCAACUGGAGCAGUACCCCAAGGCCAUUGAGAUCUAUGAACAGGUGGGGUCCAACACUAUGGACAACCCCUUAUUGAAAUACAGCGCCAAAGAGUACUUCUUCAAGGCCUCCCUGUGCCAUUUCAUCGUGGAUGAGCUCAACGCAAAGUUGGCCGUGGAGAAGUAUGAGGAGAUGUUUCCCGCUUUCUCAGACUCAAGAGAGUGCAAACUUCUCAAGAAACUUUUGGACGCUCAUGAGGAGCAGAACAGUGAAGCCUUCACAGAAGCCGUGAAAGAGUUUGACUCAAUCUCCCGUCUGGACCAGUGGCAGACCACCAUGCUGCUCCGCAUCAAGAAGACCAUCCAGGGAGACGAGGGCGAUCUCCGUUAAGACACAGCACUGGGAGAACAACUCACAGCAUGACCACACACACACACACACACACCACCUCCCUACUUCCAUCAGCAAUCACCCCAACCCUCAACCACCACUCCCCCGCCCCCCACACCCAACUUCCUUUAACACACUCCCUGCCAUUUUUUAUUUUUUAUGACCUAUUAUUAUUUUUGUGCAAUGCCAGUCUUGGUUCAGUCCCAUAUUCAGUAUAAGCCAGUUAUGAAUGCUGCAACUCAUGAAGAGAAUGAUGUAGAACUUACUUGAGCUUUGAAGCGAUACAUUUAUUCCGUUUUACCAAAUAGAAAUGGCAACGUAGAUUAUGAUUGUAAUCUGUCCGUGCUCAGCAUCCCUUGAGUCGAGCGCCACAGCCGGGCCGGUAGUCAAAGCCACGCUAAACAUCCAUAUUAUCCAGAUUAUAAUUCCUAAAUGCCAUUUACUUCCAUUCUCUCAGUUACUUCCAAGCACCAUCUCUAUAUUCCUCUCCCUUUCAGGUCCCAGUCAGUGUGUAUUUCAAUAUGGAAUUGGUCCAGAUCUGAUUCGGGGUCGGGUCAUGACUGGAGUGGGCUCUGUGGCUCCUUACCGGCCACUGAUGGAUACUCGUUCAGGGAUGAUGAACGCUGCAUGACUUUACUUUUCUGUACAGUGUUUCUCUCCAGAGCAUGACGACAGGGUUUAUACACUUCACGCUCAUCUCAUUUACCCCGUAGUUUGUUUUUAUUUUUUUGUUUUAAAGGUGUAAUGUGCAUUGUUUUAGUUCUUAAAAUACAAAAUCUGGCUUUGUAUAUAGUUUUAAGCAAACACUAAAAAUUAGUUGCAAUAUUGUCAUGCUUUCUCAUUUGGCUUGAUGCUUGCGUGGUUUAGUGGCCAACUUGGGUGAACUAGCUCAGAUUAAGUCACUUACCCACCAAGGUUUUCAUUUGGAUAUUCCAUUUUAGAUCUAGAAUCGUUUUUUGAAAUUGACAACAAAAAACUACAUAUUGCACCUUAGCCAUGUCAUCUCAUCUAAAGUGUGUUUUCCAUAGUCUGUGAAAAAGAAAAUCUGAAAUUAUUUAAUAAGAAAGGAAUGAAAAAGGGACAAACAAUGACAAACCUGUAAUUUCUUAUUUCGGAAGCCAAGCGAGAUUUCUGCACACACGUCUACACAUCACACUCUGCCACCAACAUGGUCGUUUAUACCACUCACUAAAGCCCACCAAAGAAAGAGUGAAUCCCUCAGACUUGGUUUAGUGGUCAUAAAACAGAGCAAAAAAGAAGUAAUUUUAAAAUAUUUCGGUUAUUGAUGCUAAUAUCAUCUUUUGUACAGAUCUCAGUAUUACAUUACAUGACAUGAUUUGUUUCACCUUCUAAAAAUGUUUCUAUAUCUUAUAAGGGUUAUAUAAAAAAAAAAAAAAAAAAAUACUUUUUCUUGAAUCUGACAGAAGUCCCCAUGGUUAAAGACUGAGAUGUUUAUGUGUAUGUGCUUCCUGUGUCAGUGUGCUCUUGUGUAUUAGUGUAUUGUUGUUAUAUAUGCACACUUCAGGGGGGUAUUCCAAGUAUAUGGUUUGGAGGCAAACUCAGUUAAGUUAACUCAGAGUAAGGGGUAAACCUCCUUAUAGAUAUGCUGUAUGGCUUCAUUCUCCUUACAAAACAAUGCCAUAGGGCUCUUGUUGUAGGUGGUUUACCACUUACUCUGAGUUAACUUACCCAGGUUUGCCUUUAAACCACGUACUUGGAAUACCCCCCAGGUCUCUGAUAGCGUAGUCCCCUCUCCCUCUGCUCAUUUCCAGUCAGAGCAUGUCGUUUUGUGUCCAGUCUUGUGUGGUUUACAUAUUGUGAGACAUACCAGAGGUUUUUAUUUUUCUGUUCAUUGUGUCCUCAUCACUGGAGACCAGCUACAUGCUUAUCAAGGUUUCUGUUGAAAAGUAGUACGCCUCUUUAUUAGUCAUAGUCAUGUGUUAUGUACUAAUGUACAGAAAUAAAUACAUAUCUGAAACUUAA